AUGCGUGUCAUUUCCAUUGUUGGCUGUCAUUGCGCAGGUGAGGUCGGCGACGUGAUCGUUGGCGGUGUUUUGGAUCCCCCCGGGUGCAAGACUAUGUACGACAAGCUCAUUUAUUUUCGAGACGAGGCCGAUGAGAUAAUACAGCUUCUGCUGCAAGAGCCUCGAGGACACCCGGCCAUGGCUGUGAACCUUGUCCUCCCACCAUGUGAUCCCAGAGCCGAUGCCGGAUUCAUUAUCAUGGAGAGCGACGAGUAUGUGCCCAUGUCAGGAGAAAACACAAUUUGCACCUCGACAGUGCUUCUGGAGACGGGAAUGAUCAAGAUGAAGGAACCCAUCACCAAGGUUCAACUGGACUCAGCCGCCGGGCUGGUUGGGAUCACGGCGGAGUGUGAGAAUGGAAAAUGCAAGUCCAUUUCGUUCGACAAUGUGCCUGCAUUUGUCUUCGCUCUUGACCACAAGGUUGAUGUUCCCGGUCUGGGAAGUGUGUCUGUGGAUAUUGCAUGGGGGGGUAUGAUUUACGCCAUCAUGGACGUGUCACAAGUCGGUCUUAGAAUCAGCAAUGAGCAUGGCCCCAAGCUUAUCGAGAUCAGUGAAAAGAUCAAGCAGGCUCUACGCCGCACUUACAACCCAGUUCACCCAGAAAACCCCGACAUUAAAGGUGUGGCCAACUUUGAAUUCAUUGAGCCUGUGGAGCGUGGAGUGGACGGCAAGCUCACAGCUGUCAACACUGUGGUUGUUUCGCCUGGUCGCCUUGACCGUUGCCCCUGUGGCACUGGGAGCUGCGCCCGAAUGGCUGUGAUGCACGCGAGGGGCGAGCUGAACGUCAGGGAGGUCUUUGAACACAAGAGCAUCAUCGGCAGCAGCUUUGAGUGCCACAUUACUGGGACUACUCGGGUUGGAGAGUACAAUGCUGUUUACCCUACAGUCAAGGGUAGUGCCUGGGUGACCGGAUACAAGCAUACCAUACUGCAUCCCACUGAUCCUUUCCCUACUGGCUUCCGUGUCGGCGAUCAGUGGCACAUGCCUCAGGAAUGA